UAAGUUGCAUUUUCCCUGCAUAAAGCAGAUUUAAAGACACUGUCCGCUUUCAGGAUUAUUUAUCGUCGGAAUUUUGACGUCGUCGACGGAAUUGUUGAGGUCCAGUCUGUACUCCUUCGUCCAGUGGGUAAAUACGUUUGCCGUGAAUUUGGCAGGGAAAGUCACACUUGACAGUCUGCACUCCUUCUCUAACCUCCUGCAUCCAUCCACAACCGUAGAACAUGCCUCCAAUAUAUCGACGAAAAAUAAUACAGAUAUCUAAAAACACACAUUAGCUGUACGAUCUUUUUAAUAUAACUGCCAAUUAAAUUAAUAAUUUAAGCCAAAAGUAUCGGAUAUUGAUUAGCAACACUCAUCGCUGAGCUUUAAUCGCCUGUUCUUUCAUGACAAAUACAAACUUUAAUUAUGAUAUGAUAUUUUAAGGUUUCCAAAACGUCUUGAACAAUGCUUAGAUUUGCUUUGGAAUUUUUUGGAGGAAUUUGCUUGUAAAACGAGAUUAUUGCAACUUGGGACAUCUAUUUUAAAUAAAAGUAAUAGUGAAAAAAUGUAAAAUUUAUCGAUAAAUCACACUCAUUUUGCCCGAUAUGAAUCAUUAUUGUUGAGUACGAGACAUAAACAUAACAAAUGAUACGCGAGUAGUACCAGAUCAAGUACUUGUAUUGCAAUUAUAUUCUGUAAUUGAAUUGAAGUUUAAAAAUGAAAUAUUAAACGGUGAUAAAAUAUUAUGCCAAUAACUAAGUUGUAAAUAACUUCAGUUAGAUUUUGAGUUUAGUUUAUUUAUAAAAUAUGUGUAUAUCUUAUAACGCUGCUAGCAAUAUACGCAAUUCAAUGAAUUAUCGAGAGAGUGUUUUGCAGAAAAUUAAGGAUGGUGUUUACGAACUGUCACAGAAACGUAAAGGUAAAAGCGAAAUCUGGAGCGUUUACGCUCAGAUCAAAAAAGGAGAUGGAACCAUUUUAGAUGGUUUUGUAUGUUGUCGCAAAUGUUUGCGCCUAUACAAAUUUAAUGGCAACCAGACGUCGAAUUUGAACCGUCAUAAGUGCUACAUAUCGCAUCUUAAAGGAACAGCCAUUAGUAAUAAUGUCGAUGUGACGAAUGAUAGCGAUCUUGAAGAGGAUGUAAAAGAGUGCCAGGAGUUUUUUUCUAUUUUUACACCUGGUGAUCCACAAAUCCAAGAGGCUUCCUCACAUCAACCAUCACUUUGCAACAACGAUACCAAUGCAGAAAAUGCAACUGAAAAUCAGAGUACACCUAAGCGAACGCUGAUGUACACGAAACAAUUGGAUAGUCUAUGUGAAAUGGUAAAAAUUGAUCUUCAAGAUGUCUCAGAUGAAAUAUUCUUUGAGGCUAAAUGGAAAAUUUUGGAUGUCCUACGUGAAGUUCACAAAAAAAAGCUUAUUAAUGGUUGACUUUAAGUAUGAGUAAGUCAGACAGAUGUUACAUAUAAAGUAAAGUAAUAAUAAUCAUAAUAAUGUUAGUAUUAAUUAGUUAAUAAUUUAAGCAAAAUAAUUAUGUAAAUGUUUAUAUACACAAAAUUAAGUCUAUUAUUUUUGAGUUGUAUGAUUUUGAAUAUAUAUACAAUAAUUUACACAUAUGUUAGUUUACUAAAAAGCGAAAUGAGUAUAAGAAUAAGUAAAAUUUGUAAUUAAUUUUUCAAUACAACUGGCAGAAAUUGAACGCGUGCAUAUAUGUAUAUAUACAGUAUAUAUGUGCAUACAUAAGUUUUCAUUUUUCUCUCCUUAAUGUUUGACUUUUAAUGUAUGCAGAUAAUCUUGUAAUGAUUUUUAAGUCGUUUUAAUAAUAAUAAAUAUAAUAAUCUUAUCAAAAUUCCCCC